GUAUGCUGCAGGCACUUUAUUUUUCCUGAACAAAUGAAAGCUAAUCUUCUUCUCUUAUUCAGUUUCUUGGGGCUUCCUAUUCCUAAUGGCAUUUUAUUCAUAGGCGAAAUUGGCCUUGGUGGUGAGCUUCGCAUGGUACCGGGAAUGGAGAAAAGGGCGAGUACAGUGGCAAGACUAGGAUAUGAAAAAUGUAUUGUCCCCAAAUCAGCCGAGAAAUCUCUAGCAAGUAUAGCUUUGGAGAAGAUGAAAAUCAUAGGCUGCAAGAAUCUGAAAGAGGUCUUCAACAUUGUGUUCCCAUCGCCAUCUAGUUGGCGACCAUUCUCACAUUUUUUGUGUUAUUGGGGUAUAGUAAAUGAAAACCCUCCAAGAAACUUGUAUAUAACAUAAAGUGUAAAAUUGCUAAGCUAAGCUUGUUUUCAGAAAAUGCGGGGGUUUAUAAUUAUUUUCGUA